GUGUAGUAGCCCUACUGGAAUUAGCAUUUAGAACUAUUUCCCAGGGUAGCACCGUGCUUUAUUCCACCCAUUGUUUCUUUGACGCUCUUUCUACAUCAGUUUCAGGAAAUUAGCUGUGGUAGGCGGUGUUUAGUGAUAAAAGGUGUACCUUCCCACGCGUUUUCCUUGUCAAGAAAAAAGCCUUAGGAGUUGUGACGAUCGCGAUCUUCCGCGAAGAGCAAAGCCUGGUUUUAGCCAUCUGUCACGAAGUUUACGUUGGAUUACUAAGCAGGGCAGGAGUGCGUUUUCCAGCAAAUGAGAUGUCAAAGCAGAUAGACGUAACGGUGCCGGACUCUGAAACAUUGAGCUCAGAGAAAUCUAAGCGAUUUACGGUAUACAAAGUACUGAUCAAACUACCAGAUGGAAGGAGCUACUUUAUUUUUAGAAGAUACAAUGAAUUUCAUCAGAUGUGUGAUAAGCUCAAAAAGCUUUACCCUGACUUGCAUCUUAAACUACCUGGCAAGAGACUAUUAGGAAAUAACUUUGACCCUGAGUUUAUCAAGAUCAGAAGAGAAGGUCUCAAUGAUGUCACACAAAAGAUCAUCAAUCACCCAAAAGCCAUUGAAAACCCUGAGGUGAGGGAAUUCUUCUCACUUGAUAAUCCAAAGAAUGCUGAGAACAAUGAUGAUGAUGACCAUCCUGGAGCUGAUGAGUCUGAGACUCAGGCAAAGGAUAUGGAUGUUGACUUAGCAGGAACAAAUAAUCCAAAGGCAAAACCCAGCGAUUUCUUGUUCUUAAAAGUGAUUGGAAAAGGGAGUUUUGGAAAGGUAUUCCUGUCAAAGAACAAGGCAGAGGAUAAAUUCUAUGCCAUCAAAGUUCUCAACAAGGCUGCUAUCAGGAAAAGAAAUGAGGCAAAACAUAUCAUGGCAGAACGGAACGUGCUGCUAAAGAAUAUCAAGCAUCCAUUUUUGGUGGGUCUUCACUACUCUUUCCAAACAAGGGACAAGCUUUACUUUGUUUUAGAUUAUGUCAAUGGUGGAGAGCUUUUCUUUCAUCUGCAAAGAGAGAGAUAUUUCCCUGAAGCAAGGGCAAAGUUCUAUGCUGCAGAAAUUGCAUCAGCAAUUGGGUAUCUACACUCUCUUAAAAUCAUUUAUAGGGACUUGAAACCAGAAAACAUUCUCUUGGAUUACAAGGGUCAUAUAGUUUUAACAGACUUUGGACUUUGCAAGGAGGGAAUAGAAACGUCUGGAACAACAUCAACAUUCUGUGGCACACCAGAAUACCUUGCACCAGAAGUUCUUAAGAAACAGGAAUAUGACAAUUCUGUUGACUGGUGGUGCCUUGGUGCAGUCUUGUAUGAAAUGAUGUAUGGUUUGCCGCCAUUUUACAGUCGCAAUACAGCAGAAAUGUAUGAUAACAUUUUGCACAAACCGCUGCGUCUGAGGAGUAACAUUUCUGAGAGUGCAAGGACCCUUCUUGCAGGGCUUCUGCAGAAGGAUCGCACUAAAAGAUUUGGACGAGAUGAUGAUUUUGAUGAAAUAAAGAAUCAUGCAUUCUUUAGAUCCAUUGACUGGCAGUUGUUAUAUGACAAGAAGAUAGACCCACCAUACAAUCCAAAUGUGAGUGGUCAACUGGAUCUAAAGCAUUUUGAUCCUGAAUUUGUGCGGGAACCAGUACCAGGAUCAGUUGGUAAAUCUGCUGACUCUGCUUUCUUGAGCGCCAGUGUUGAUGACCCAGAUGAUGCAUUUGUAGGCUUCACCUAUGUUCCCCCAACAGAUCUUACAGAAUGAGUUUCAACAAACAAUUUAACUUGAAUGUAAAUUUCCAAACAAUGCAUGAUAAUCAGAAGUUUAUCCUCACCAAGCUCAUCCCUUUUUUUUUUUUGGCAUCCUUUCUGCACUUUAUUCAUUAUAUGGUUAGCAUGUACUCACUAAGAAUCAGCAACUAUCUUGUUAAGUGAUGUAAAAAAUAAAAUCUUUGGUGAUCACUGUGGCCAAUUAACAGAAAGGAGAACAAGUAGAUACAUGUAGUGAAACUUAACUGCCAAAGCAUGAGUGACAAUCAUGAUUGGUUUAAGUCUUGGAUCUAAUUAGUAAAGAAGGUUGUACAAGAUUUUUAAACCUAUUGUAGAGCAUAGUUAGGGAAAACAAAAUCAAUUUGUCCAUGCUCUUUUGAAUUUAGUGACAACUUUCUCUGUGUUAGGUAACUCCCAAUGAAGAGAAAAAGAAAUCGGUUGAAACAUGCUUUAAACAAACACUUGUGAAUAUGAAAAUGAUUAUAUUAUAAGAAUUACAAUGUACAUAUACAAGGUGGUGUAUUCUUGAAUGGCAAUGGGCCUCUUGCAGGGGAACAAGCAAUGAGUGAAGAGAGAUUGCCAAAAAGUCUAAGUGUAGGAACCGUUUCAAGGAAAUGACCCUAAAGUGAUUUGUAUGGCAAACUCCAGAUUUAAAGAUUCUUGUGUACAACUUUACAGACCCAGCCUUUCCUCUUUCUUAUUUUCUUUUCAUAUUUUUUUUGUCAUUUUUCAAAAUUUCAGAGGCUUGUGAAGGUUGCCAUUAUUAUUCAUUGAGUGGUUUUGUUUGCGAGGUUUACUUUUCAGUUAAUUUGAAAUGUUAUUGUGUUUCACCAGAAAAUCCCUUAGAAAUCCUUAUUUGCUAGCUGGGUGAAUGACUGAUUAUGUGAUGUGUAAUUAAGGUAAAAGAAACUCCUGAUUUCUUCUUCAGAAUUCAUGAAGGUGUGAGUUUCAAUUUAAGUCAAAUGCUCCCCUAAAAAAAGUGCUAUUAAUUAAGUCAUGGUUGAUUUCCCUGUGAUUUGAGAAUUAUGGAAAAGUCUCUUGAAACAAAAGCAAUUAAGUAAAAGCACAACAUUCUUUUUAUUAAGAACUCACUUGGCAAUCAGCUGUCUCCAGUUUUCAACUGCUCUCUGCACUAUUCUGCUUAAUUGUGUCAUAUUUUUGGUCCGUGGCACACUAUAUUGACAUUCGCAACAUUUCUCAACACAAAAGUUAGGUUAUUAUUUUUCAGGUAUGAUAUUCUUUCAGUUUUGUUCAGACAUCGUUCUUGAAACUUGUUGAGCAAUAACAAUUUACAUUUUUGUAACCGUAAUACUUAACAUACAAUUGUCAAAAAAUUAAAUACAUCAAUGUGAUACAUAAAUAAAGUCA